AAUGAUGAAUAAUUGGUGUAAGACCAAGUCAAACCCUUUAAAAGUCAAAUGUGGUCCGAUCAGCAACACCCUGCGUAAACGCCGAGAAAUUGCGCCUCUGGUCGUCGGAGAAUUAGAUGGCUGAUUAUACGACUGGCCAGAAGGAGCUCGUCGGGUUACCUUCUGAUGAUGAAAGUCCGUGUGAGUCUUCCCCAUCGCCCAUUGACGACAGGCUCUCCGCUUUCCUUGAAACGUUUACAACACAACUUCUUUACUCGCAACCUGUAUCUAAGCGUGGAUUGUUUGUUUUUUGGAGCCAAAACUUAUCAUCUCAAAGUAAUCGAUAUUCCGAUAAUCGUGGAUUCGUUCUUGAUAUUACUGAUCCUUGGGAGAUUCAAACAGCGAUAAAAUCUGCAUUUUGUGAAGUUGAAUUGUGUUCUUUUGAUGGGUUAAUUCAAUUUUGGGCACCCGUGGAAUCAAGCAGUAGACGCCUGCUUACAACUUACGAUCAACCUUUUGCCCUAAAAUACCUUGACUCUGGGCUCCAGAAACAUAGAGGUAGUUCUGGAUAUGCGAGUUUACCAUGGGAAUCCAUUGAUGCGUUCUGCUUUGGAAUGUGAAUUGAUGUCUUGUUUUCUUCUGCCUAUUUGUGAUCCUUCUCAAAGCCGAUGUGUUGGUGUUGUUGAGUGUUCUGCGAAUAAGCUUGAUGAUCUUCUUGAAAUUUUCAACCACAUGAACACUGCACUACAGAAAGUGGGUCUAUCUACAUUUCAUGGACAAGAACGUAUGCUAUACAAGAGUAUAGUGGGUCUGAAACACGUGACUGAUGAAAUCGAGGAGGCAUUACAGAGAGUAUGUGAAUCACACGACUUGACUCUUGCUCAAGUGUGUAUCGCUUAUGAGGAUACACAUAUGAAACGAAUAAUACCACUCAAAUUGAUAGCUCAUUGUGAUAAUUCAGAUGAUGAAGAUCGUUUGUCGUUUAAGGAUUAUUACGCUAUCUGUGAUACGCUUCCUUUGCAAAUAGGGGAAGGACUUGUUGGGAAGACAGUUCAAAAUUACGAACCACACUUGUGUAGAAAUAUCUAUGAGAUGAGUAAUUAUGAGUUGUCGCUGUUAUUUCCUAUUACCAUUAAAGAACAUAGUUGCUUUGUUAUAUGUUUAAGGAGCAUUGAGACUGGUAAUCUUGACUAUGUUUUUGAAUUCUUAUGGGUCCAAAGUCGAAACCAUAUUAUCUUGUUGGAGUCGAUAAUAUUAACACUAAAGAGGUGUUUGCCAAAUUUCAAAUUUUCUUCUGGUUUACAACUUGGUGAUGAAUUACUUGUUGUAGAUAUCAAGUUUAAUUCUGGUGUAGAAUUAAGUGUUCAAGAUUUCACAUUUGCUUUUGGUGGUGAACUUGGUGAUGUAACUUCUUCCAAAAGUGAAAUUGAAUAUUUCAAGAUUUUUGAAGGAAAGAAAUCAUCACCAAUACCCACAUUAUUGGAAAAAGGAAUGAGGCUAGUAGCUGAGGAGUGCAUAGGACCUUUGGACGUGAAAUGCAAGACAACCGAAAAAGCAUUACCUCGAGAGGACAUUGAGCAACAAUUUGGAAGAACAAUGAAAGAAGCAGCAAAAAACCUUAAUGUUUCCUUGUCAACAUUGAAACGCAAGUGUAGGGUUCAUGGCAUUUCUGAAUGGAAAGGACCAAGCUUUGGAAGCAGGAAAAUAAAUUACUCGUAUGGGAAUCGAAGUGAGAUGAAUGAAGAAGAUAAUGGAGCAAUUCAAGGCCUCUGGGGUAUCGAUGGAGAUAUUGUGAUUAUAAAAGCAGAAUAUGAAGAUGAUGUGAUCAAAUUCCAUUUGCCUAUCUCAUUAACAACAUUCGAAGCUGUUGAGAAGGAAAUUGGCAAGAGGUUUAAGUUGAAAGUUACGACUUAUAAACUCAAGUACCAAGAUGAAGAUAAAGAAUGGAUAUUAAUGACUUCUGAUCAAGACAUGAGUGAUUGUAUCAAAAUUUCGAGAAGUGUAAAUGACACUCGAAUUAAGUUGCGUGUGCUACGAUGUACAUAGCAAAUAUCUGAUUAGAAUCAUAUGAAUAAAGUUUUAAUGGGUGUGCCAUUCCGAAUUCUAUAGAUUGCAUAUCUAGAAGAAAUAGACAUAACCAAGUGGUUUUCUUUUUACCGUAGUACUUAAGGACCAACUCGUCGAGUAGAAUCAAUUUUGGAUGCGGGGGUUUAGUGACCUACUCGACGAGUCUGAAGACCGACUCGACGAGUAGGAUCUGUCUGGACAAAACCCUAAUAUUUAGGGUUUGCACCCUAUUUAAACGACUUAUAAUCCCCC